AUGCUUAGACCCGAUAAGGCAAUCUCCCUCACUCUCGCAAUCUCCCUCACUCUCGCAAUCUCCCUCCACUCCCUCACUCUCACCAAUCUCCCUCACUCUCAAUCUCCCCACUCGCAAUCUCCCUCACUCUCGCAAUCUCCCUCACUCUCGCAAUCUCCCUCACUCUCGCAAUCUCCCUCACUCUCGCAAUCUCCCUCACUCUCGCAAUCUCCCUCACUCUCGCAAUCUCCCUCACUCUCGCAAUCUCCCCUCAAUCUCCCCUCAACUCUCACCAAUCUCCCUCCUCUCCUCUCCCCUCCUCUCGCAAUCUCCCUCACUCUCGCAAUCUCCCUCACUCUCGCAAUCUCCCUCACUCUCGCAAUCUCCCCCUCACUCUCGAAUCUCCCCUCACUCUCACUCCCCUCACUCUCCCUGAUCCCCUCACUCUCGCAAUCUCCCUCCUCUCGCAAUCUCCCCUCACUCUCACCAAUCUCCCUCACUCUCAAUCUCCCUCUCCCCAAUCCUCCCUCACUCUCACCAAUCUCCCUCACUCUCGCAAUCUCCCUCACUCUCAUCAAUCUCCUCACUCUCAAAUCUCCCUCCUCUCGCAAUCUCCCUCCUCUCACCAAUCUCCCUCUCUCACAAUCUCCCUCCUCUCCUCUCCCCUCACUCUCAAAUCUCCCUCACUCUCAUAAUCUCCUCACUCUCAAUCUCCCCCUCACUCUCACCAAUCUCCUCUCGCAAUCUCUCCCUCACUCUCUUAAUCUCCCUCCCUCUCAAAUCUCCCUCUCUCCUAAUCUCCCUCACUCUCGCAAUCUCCCUCACUCUCGCAAACGAAUGAACUUUUCCGUACAAGAUACACCUAGAGAACAAGCGUUUCUUUGCAUGCAUACCCACUCAUACAAUAUUAUUACACAGUUCAUCAUCCUUGCAUGCGUACCCACUCAUACAAUAUUAUUACACAGUUCAUCAUCCUUGCAUGCGUACCCACUCAUACAAUAUUAUUACACAGUUCAUCAUCCUUGCAUGCGUACCCACUCAUACAAUAUUAUUACACAGUUCAUCAUCCUUGCAUGCAUACCCACUCAUACAAUAUUAUUACACAGUUCAUCAUCCUUGCAUGCGUACCCACUCAUACAAUAUUAUUACACAGUUCAUCAUCCUUGCAUGCAUACCCACUCAUACAAUAUUAUUACACAGUUCAUCAUCCUUGCAUGCAUACCCACUCAUACAAUAUUAUUACACAGUUCAUCAUCCUUGCAUGCAUACCCACUCAUACAAUAUUAUUACACAGUUCAUCAUCCUUGCAUGCAUACCCACUCAUACAAUAUUAUUACACAGUUCAUCAUCCUUGCAUGCGUACCCACUCAUACAAUAUUAUUACACAGUUCAUCAUCCUUGCAUGCGUACCCACUCAUACAAUAUUAUUACACAGUUCAUCAUCCUUGCAUGCAUACCCACUCAUACAAUAUUAUUACACAGUUCAUCAUCCUUGCAUGCAUACCCACUCAUACAAUAUUAUUACACAGUUCAUCAUCCAAAAUGCUCCUCUCAUAUUUAUACAUUACUCGUAGUAGAGCCCGGCUUUGCCCGGGGAUGUAA